AUGUGAAAUCAAUUUGUCAAUAGAGAAAAACAGGACCAGAAACUACCUUUUUAAGAGAUAUUUUGUUAUUUUAAAGUGAUUGCUGGAAGAUCCUGAAAGGUAUGGUUAAUUUAGCUGAUGCUUUUAUGAUUAAUACGGUGACGGAAGGAGCUAUGAAUGUUUUACGCCAAAUCGGUGUUUUUAAAUCGAAGACAGAUACUUUGCAAUCAGUACCAAUUAUUAUAAAAAUGCCUCUUUGGGAGUUAGCUCAAGCGGCAGGGCCGUUUGUCAGGCUCGCAGGGCUGAGUGGUGCUAUGGCUGUAGUACUCGGCGCUAUGGGCGCACAUCGUACAUUUCCCGCAACCGAAGGCAAAGAAGAUUUACGAAAGAUCUUUGAGACGGCUAAUAGAUUUCAUUUUCUGCAUACUUUAGCUUUGAUGACUGUGCCUCUUUGCCGCAAACCAUACAUUGCUGGUGGAUUUUUUAUAGCAGGAAUGGGAUUGUUCUGUGGCACAUGUUACUACCAUUGCUUCACUGGUAACCCCAGCUUCAGAAAACUCACUCCAAUUGGUGGAUCUUGUCUCAUCUUAGGGUGGUUGGCAAUGGUCAUAUGAAUCCCUCUUUUUAAUCAAUAAUAUUUUAUUGGUGUAUGGUUUAGAGAUUAUAAGUAGUGAUGAUUCCAGUGAUUUUUAUUAUUUGAACUUAUUAGUAUCUAAGGCAGUGUUAUUUAAACUGUAGGUUCAUUAUUUUAUUUUACCCCUAAAUAUUAAAUGAUCCUGUAAAUAUUA